AUGGUAACUGGCCAAUUUUCUGUUGGGAAGUCGACUCUUGUUAAGUUGUUAGCUGGAGAAAUUAUACCUGAUGGUCGACACCCGACUGAUGGGAUUUCUCUGGUAGAAGGUCGCUGUGGCCUAGAUAUUCUUACAAAAGAGUGGAUUCUUGUUGAUCAAGACUCUUACAAUGCCCUGGAUGUUGUGUACCAUAAGGUUUUAAUGACCUCUCUGGAAGAAGAGGAGGAGAGUGAACUUACCAACAAAGCUUCAGAUACAAGCCCAACUGGUUAUGCCAAAGCUACACUUUCCUCUUUGCCCUCAGAACAGUCUGCAGCAGCACAAUCUCUACCACCUCAGAAAUCCUCCACGGUUAAACAGAUGGAAAAGAAAAUGAGAACAAGAAUGACUAAAGAAGAAAUAAGAAAGAAAAUGGAAAAGGUUCUCAAAAGUGGGAAGUAUAAAAUGAAAGUUGGACGUCUUAUCUUCUGGGAUUUUGGUGGACAAUAUGUUUAUCUAACAACACAUCAGACCUUCAUGACAUUCCGGGCAUUAUUUCUUGUAGUAUUUGAUGGGAGCAAAAAUUUGCAUGAACAGGUCCGUGAUGUGAUGUGUUUUCCAGGGCAGCACAUGACGCCAACCCCGGCAGUAUUCUUGCAAUAUUGGGUCAAUUCCAUCCUGACCUAUUGUAAGGUUGUAUAUGCAGGCAUUCCAAAGAUCUUGUUUGUUGCAACUCACAAGGACAAAGUACCAUUGGAGAAUGUUGAGACACGACGUGAAGAGCUUUACAGUGGAAUUGAGGAGUUGUUUAAAGACCAUGAGGGAAAACAUCAUCUGGUCCUUAGACCUUUAAUAUUUGUCAAUGCCAAAGAUAAAGCUGACCCAGAAAUAGAGGUUCUGAAGAAAACAAUAACAGAACUAACAUUCGACCAUCCAUGCUGGGGUGAAAGGAUGCCGAAUGCAUGUGUUCCACUGGAGCUUGAGAUCGCUGAAUUGGUUGCAGAAGGGAAACAAAUUAUGUCUUUGGUUGAAGUUAAAGAAUUAAAUGCUAUCAGCGAGGUGUCUGUCCUGUCUCCUGAGCAGUUGACCGAUUUUCUACAUUAUCAACAUUCUCGAGGGAAAAUUGUCUAUUUUGACACACCACAGCUAAGAGACAAUGUUAUCAUCAGUCCCCUUCUUAUGGUGGAAGUUAUGAGAUCUUUUAUUACUGAUGUUGAAUUCUGGCCAAAAGAAGAUAAAACAAGAAAAACCUUCAAAAAGAUGUCUGAAAAUGGAAUGAUACAAAAAUUAGACCUCUACCAGAUUUGGGAGCAAGAAGAAUUUUGUCAGAUUUUACCAUUUAAAGAGUACAUAUUUGAUAUGCUGAUACACCUUGAUAUCGUAUCUGAACAGCGUAGAUAUGAUACAAAAACAGGAAGUCGGCUACCAAUAGAACACUUCUUUGUACCCUGUAUGCUUACCCAAAGAAAUGAUACAGAUUUCUUGACACAAGAAUGUACACCAGAGAGGACACUUAGUUUGGCCUUUGUUUUCAAAGGAACCAUCAUACCUCCAGCCUUACCAAAUCGUCUCAUAUGCGCAUGUCUUAGUAUGUGGACAUUGAAGCAAUACCGUGGAAGGAAACUUAUGUUUUCUGGGUUUGUUGGGUUAUCAGUUGAUAAAGAGCAUGAUAUUGUUGUUUGUGUAGAAGGUAACAAGAUCUUACUGUACCUAAUCCAUAAACGCUCCAAGGGCCUGAUAGUACCUGAGAUAGCCACUAGUGUCAGAGAAUGUUUGCAUUUAACAUUGGAGAGGAUUUCAGAAUUUUAUCAGUCCACUGUCCACGAAAAAGUCCGCAGUCAACUACCAUUUCACACUGAGUAUUCCUGCUCAAGAUUUAUCUGUUACUUUCCAGAAGAAAGAUUAGCUUUAAAAACUGAUGAGUGUGUUUGUAAACAUGGUGACGACAUUACACUCAACUGGAAGGUUUGGAACCAGGAACAGAAACAAAAGCAGUGUGAUCCGGAUUGUACAGGUUUGAGUGAAGAUGCAUUAUCUCAGUUUCCUAAUAACAUAGAGUUACUUCGUCUGUCUGUUAAUUGUGAGACACGCAUGAUACAUGAUUUAGCUCUUCAUCUUGAAUUGGAAGAAACAGAAUGGAGUGAUAAGGUAGAGAAUUACCCAAGAAAUACACAAAUGGUCAAGUUUUUAACACUUAUUGAUUUGAGAGAGAACAAUGGAAUACGUUUUGGAGAUUUGGCCAAAGGCUUAACCGAAAUGAAGUUAACAAUGCAUACCUUAUGUAUGAUGCGGAGGAGAAAACAAGUGAUGUCUAAUAUUCCAGACGAUAUCUUAGAUUCAAUUCCUACAGAUGAAAUAUUAGAUAACAUAUCACCACAGAUUGGUAAAAUGGUCUUUCAACUAGGAACAGAACUUGGAUUGUCCAUAGCAGAUUUAGAGAAUAUAGACAAAUGUAAUUGUGACUUGACUGCCCAGAGUAAGGAAGUCUUAUUUACUUGGAGGAGAGACAAACUAGUACGACCUACAAUACGUGUCCUUGAACAAGCUUUGGUAAAUAGUAGAAAAGGUGCACGGUGUUUAGAGGAGGUUGUAAAGAAUGUUGAUCCGAAAACACUGAGAGCUGUAGAAACAGUAACAGAUAGAAUCAAAGAUAAUGAAUAUAGAAUCAUACAUAACAUACAAACCAGCCAAAUUUUAGACCAUAUGAUGACACAUCUGGUGAUAUCAGCAGACGACAGACUUGAUAUUGAACAUUAUCCUCGACAUGAUGAUCAGAACAAAGCAUUGCUGGAUAUUGUGAUUAAAAGGAGAGAACCUGCUUACAGUGUGUUUGUUGAUGGAUUACGUAAUUAUGGAUACGAAGAUAUCGCUGAUGAUUUAAAAUGUGAUUUCAGUCCAAGUCCAACAUUAGUAUCUGCUGAAAAUGAAGGCUUUUCAGCUUGGAAUGUUCCAUUGUAUAAAGUUCGUCUACAAAAGAAUUACGUUAAGGUUAUCACUGAUAUACAACAUGAAAGCAUAGUAGAUCAUCUAAUAUCAAGAGAGGUAGUGUCAGUUGAUGAUGGGAAGAAGAUAGAAUCUGGUAAAACACCACAGGAAAAGAACAGGAAUUUGAUGGACAUGCUUUUGCGUAAAAAUGAACAGGCAUUUAAUGAAUUUCUCAAAGCCCUUCGAAAAGACUCAAUUUAUGCAUACCUAGCAGAGCAAAUAGAAAAGACAGAAGUUACUAGCACAGAUAUGGCAACCCUUCAUAAAUGCUUGAAAUAAUUAAAUGUAAUUUCUUUCAGAAAAAAAACAGCUAGGAAAACCAUCAUUUAACUAUCAAUAGAAGGAGGUAUUGUCAAUCCAAUGCAUCACGAUUUUGUCACUUAAAUGAUCCACUGUAAAUUCAGAAAUUAUUGCGUGCAUUUAUUAUUGUCUUUUUAUACGACCGCAAAAAUUGAAAAAAUUUUGGUCGUAUAUUGGUAUCACGUUGGCAUCGUCGUCCGUCGGCGUCCAAGACUUUUGGUUUUCGCACUAUAACUUUAGUAUAAGUAAAUAGAAAUCUAUAAAAUUUAAACACAAGGUUUAUGACCAUAAAAGGAAGGUUGGGAUUGAUUUUGGAAGUUUUGGUCCCAUUAUUUUAGGAAUUAGGGGCCAAAAAGGGGCCAAAUAAGCAUUUUCUUGGUUUUCGCACUAUAACUUUAGUUUAAGUAAAUAGAAAUCUAUAAAAUGUUGACACAAGGUUUAUGACCACAAAAGGAAGGUUGGGAUUGAUAUUGGGAGGAUUGGUCCCAACAGUUUAGGAAUAAGGGGCAAAAAAAUGGCCCAAAAAGGCAUUAUUAUUGGUUUUCGCACAAUAACUUUAGUAUAAGUAAAUAGAAGUCAAUGAAAUUUAAACACAAGGUUUAUGACCAUAAAAGGAAGGUUGGGAUUGAUUUUGGGAGUUGAGGUCCCAACAGUUUAGGAAUUAGGGGCCGAAAAGGGGCCCAAAUUAAACUUUGUUUGAUUUCAUCAAAAAAUGAAUAAUUGGGGUUCUUUGAUAUGCCUAACUGUGAAUGUAGAUUCUUAAUUUUUGGUCCCGUUUUCAAAUUGGUCUACAUUAAGGUUCAAACGGUCCAAAAUUAAACUAAGUUUGAUUUUAACAAAAAUUGAAUUCUUGGAGUUCUUUGAUAUGCUGAAUCUAAAACAUGUACUUAGAAUUUUUAUUAUGGGCCCAGUUUUCAAGUUGGUCCAAAUCGUGGUCCAAAAUUAAACUUUGUUUGAUUUCAACAAAAAUUGAAUCCUUGGGGUUCUUUGAUAUGCUGAAUCUAAACAUGUACUUAGAAUUUUUAUAAUGGGCCCAGUUUUCAAGUUGGUCCAAAUUGUGGUCCGAAAUUAAACUUUGUUUGAUAUCAACAAAAAUUGAAUCCUUGUGGUUCUUUAAUAUGCUGAAUCUUAACAUGUAUUUAGAUUUUUGAUUAUUGAUUUUUGGACCCAGUUAUCAAAUUUCUCCACAUUGAGGUCAAAAGGGUCCAAAAUUAAACUUAUUUGAGUUCAUAAAAAAUUGAAUAUAUGGGGUUCUUUGAUUUGCUGAAUCUAACCAUGUAUUUAGAUUUUGGAUAUUGGACCAUAAUAGGUAAAUGUCCAAUUUAAAAUUUGUAAGUUCUUAGGCCACAUUCAUUCUGUGUCAGAAACCUAUGCUGUGUCAAAUAUUUAAUCACAAUCCAAAUUCAGAGCUGUAUCAAGCUUGAAUGUUGUAUCCAUACUUGCCCGAACUGUUCAGGGUUCGACCUCUGCGGUCGUAUCAAGCGGCGCCCCGCGGAGCAUUUUAUUUUUAAAUGGACAAAAAUGAGAUAUUAAUUAUUGCGAUGUCAGGAAAAUCUUU